AUGGUGGCUCUCACAUCAGUCUUUCACACGAUAGUAUUCGCUGCUGUCUGCAGUAAUGCCGCGCCACUUGUUGAAAAGAGAGAUGUUCAGGCAGAUGUAUUCGACAGGGCGAAGUUGAUGGCACAAUAUGCUGCAGCUGCAUACUGCCCAAGCAACUUUGGCUCCCCUGGCGAUCAACUCAACUGCCCUUCGGGAGGGUGUCGCGCGGUUGAAGAUGCAGACGCCAGUAGCGUGAUCGAGUACAGCCGAUCUGAGACACCCACCGAUGUGACGGGAUUUGUCGCAGUGGAUCAUUCCAACAAGCUCAUAGUCGUGUCCUUCAGAGGCAGUAGUACCAUCGACUCAUGGCUGACGAACCUCAACCUCGAAAUGACACCCACCGACAUCUGCCCUGAUUGUUCCGCACAUCGAGGCUUCUGGAACUCUUGGACCGAUGCACGAGACCGCGUACUUCCCGCAGUGAAGCAAGCCGGGACCACGUACCCCACGUACCAAAUCGUCGUGACAGGCCAUUCGCUCGGAGCCGCAAUCGCGACCUUUGCAGCCGCUCAAUUGCGAAACUCAGGUUACACGGUUGCGUUGUACAAUUAUGGCUCACCCAGAAUUGGUGGAACCAAGAUCUGCCAGUACAUUACUGACCAGCCUGGUGGCAACUAUCGCUUCACCCACUGGAAUGAUCCUGUUCCAAAACUGCCGCUGCUUAUCAUGGGAUACAAGCAUAUCAGCCCUGAGUAUUACAUCGAGAAGCGCAAUGGAGAGGAUGUGCAGCCAAGCGACAUCAAGGUAUUCCAAGGGUUGGUCAACCUGAGGGGAAAUUCAGCUUGGAUUGCAGUAGAUGUGGAAGCGCAUAGGUGGUAUUUCGGCAGAAUGUACACAUGCGAUGCGAAGAGAUCUUCCCGCGGUUUGCAAAUCAGAGAUGUGGAGGAGGGUAUUGAUGUACUAGCAACGUUCUGA